UUAUCCACGGAAACUUGACAUUUAUCUUUCCUUGCAAACCAAGCGUAAACCGUCCUACGGUUUACGGGCUUUUGGUUAAGAAAUCGUAAGUGGGCUUAGAGUCAUGUAUUAGGUCUCUUUGGGCCGUCUUUUGACUCGAAACGUUUAUUACGACUUCUUUCGAUAAAAACGAAUUUUCCGCGAUUUUUAUCGUAAAGUUCGAAUGAUGACUUCGAAUGACGAGAAACAUGAAAUGGGUUUGCUACGGUCUUCAGGAGAUAGCAUUAAAGGGUAGAAGAGAAUGCAUGGAUUUGCGUCGUAUCGACGUUUCGGAAAAGCUCGGUCGCUACGUAGCGACUGAAAGGAACGCGUACUCGGUCGCUACGUAGCGACCGAGUGGUCCAUCAGGCUCGGUCGCUACGUAGCGACCGAGCUUGGCUUGAGCUCGAUCGCUAGUGAUGGAGCGGGACGGAUGCUCGGUCGCUACGUAGCGACCGAGCUUGGCUCGAGCUUGGUCGCUACGUAGCGACCGAGCUUGGUUCGAGCUUGGUUGCUACGUAUCGACCGUGCAGUGUGCAUGUGCGGUAGUUGCGUAGUGACUGAGCUUGGUUUGUCCGUGUUCCGAUCAUCACACCCGAAACUAUCCGUGAUUGGCUUAGAUACGUUUCCGUUACCUUGGGACAGCGUGUGUUUGAUCCAAACUGGAUUUGAUCAAGGUUUUAUCUCGAGAACAUAUGUCGCGACAUUCUUUUUACCAAGUACAAUUUGUCGCGGAAAGACACUCAUACUUGUAUUUCGCGGAGGUUGCGAUGUUAACUUUGUCGUAACAGUUUUCGACCCCAACACUUAAGACAUUGGUAGAUGACACUUAUCAGCCUUUGGACAGAGGUUAUAAUGAGCUUUUCAGAUGUAUGGCAGAGCUGAAGACAUAGAUUGAGAGUAUGCAGCACAACCUUGAGAAAGAAGCUACGACAUCAACAUCGAUCGACGACAACAAAGCAACAUCGAUCGACGUCAAGCCACAAACAUCCCAGAUUCCUGCAGAACCGGAAAGUUUAGCAGAUAAGAAGGAUGAAUGGGAGAUCGCAUACAUCAACACGAGGAUUAAUGACGUUUACAACCCUCUCAACAACAACGUGGACUGGUUGAGCACGAGAAUUGAUCUGGUACAGGAAUAACUGGACACCAUUCGCAUGAAUGAUCCACAACCAGCCACAUCGAUCGAUAUAUGCAACAUCGAUCGACACAAGGUUCGCAGCAAUAGAGGAUAUGUUGAAAUCAUAUGAGGAUAUGCAUGACCGUUUCACCUCACCUAUCAUGCACUACUUGGACACCUUGUCUACACAGAUGACGAAUGUCCAGAAGGAAAUUGGUAAGCUUAAUGAUCAACACGGUUUUCAGGAAGAAGGUUCAACAUCGAUCGAUAGGUUCCGCAGGACAUCGCUCGACGGCAAGAAACCUACAGAACAUCUUCCCUACACAGCAUAGGCAGUUGUCAGAUUACAUCAAAGCUUUACAAAAUUAUAGACACCGUGGAGGACCGACUUGAGAAGCGGUGUGAUAACAUAUGCUUUCCAUUCGACGUCAAAAUCAGUGGACUAUAUAGCCAAGCAGAAUGGCGACAUAAGGAAGUCAAAGCCAUUCAAAGGCAACUCGCAUCUCAACACCAGAUAUCAGCAUCGAUCGACGGAGCACACUCCAAAUCGAUCGACAGUGCUACACCAGCAGCGGUCGAUAGACACCUGGUCGCAUCGAUCGAUACCACGUCCAUACCAGACGACGCACAGCUGAUACCAAACUACAUGGAGUCAAUGCAAGAUCAACUGAACGAGCUAUCAGAAUACACCUACAGCAAGAUAAGCUGUUAUCAGUUCAGCAUUGAAGACAUCCUAGAAAGGCUACAGAACAUCUCAAAUGCAGUACAAAAGAUGGACGGGAGAUGGACCAAAAAUGAUGAGGCCACAAGAAGUUUCAUUGCAGCUUGGUCAAGAAUGUGCAGAGAUGAGAUGGAUGCUUGUUUCCCAACAAGUAGUUGUUUUUCCACCAACUAGCCACAUACCUCCAAAGUCAAGCUAAAUGACUAUAACAAAGCGCUGAGUGGGAGGCAACCCACUAUUAGGUAAUUUUAAUUAGUUUGUUUAGUUAUUGGUAUUUAUGUUUGUUUUUAUUCUUUCAGAUUUAUUGCAAGACCCAAUUAGGAUGACUACCAACAUAUCGACCGUGGACGAGACGUCGACAUCGAUCAACACACACACACACACACACACACGACGAUCGUUGCAUACCUAUGCACAUCGAUCGAUUCCCACUCCAGUCAGGUUUAUCUUCCUAACUUGUUACAUUUGUACUUAUGAUUUAUUUCCACCAUAACUCCGACUGUGUUACACUGGGACAGUGUAAUUUAAGUAUGGGGGGAGGUUUACUAAUAUGAUUUAUUCUGAUUCUUAUAAAAGAUUUUUUAUAAAUUAUGCUUAGCUAUGUGAAAGGGACUAUGAUUUUACUACUUGAAUGUCUAACCACUCUUUAGCACCAUUCUAGAUUUACUGAUUGCAGAUAGUACUAAGAUGAUAAAGUGGAUCAACCUGUCAACUAUACACACUUGCCUUGAUUGUUUGCUGACCUCCAAUACUAAACCUGACAUAACCGCUUGUCUUGGGCUUGGUAUAUAUGGGAUCAGAUCCUUCAGACAAGUCUGGAAGGUAAAGCCUUAUGUAGAUUUAUUUAUCAUUUUCUCUCUCUAUUUCGACCCUAGAGUAGUUAGUAUUAGUAUUAGUUUUUAUUUAAAAAAAAAUAUCCAAAAUUUAUUAUUUAAAUAGGACUUAGGAUUUAGUUAGGAGGAAUCUGAACAGGACUUGCUAAAACCAUUAAGGCUUGCUUCAUAAAGAUUCCAAAUAAAGAAUUCAAACGGGACUUGGAGGUGGCAAUCUUCAAGGCUCGCUUCACAAAGAAUUCUUGGAUAUAGGUCAAAAAGAAGUGAACAGGGCUUGGCGGUAACCACCAUUAAGACUUGAUUCAUGGAAGACUGUCUAAUCUUGGUCACUGAUCCUGCAAUGGAAGCAGACUUUGACUCAAGAGAGAAAUUAGAGAGAGAGAAAUUAGGAACUAACUUUUACGUGCAAUUCCAGAUACUUGUCUGGAAUCCUUGCAUCCUGUGAUCGAUACUCCCAAGGUAAAGCAUGCACUUUUAUAUUUAUGCUAAGAAAUGAGGUUAGUAAAUGGGAAUGUCAGACAUGAUUUGCUAAAUUGUAGACUAGUUGAACUUGGUUGCUAAGCUAGGAUAUUGCAUAAUGUGCUUUGUGAUUGGGACUUUAGAUGUGGUUUGCGAAAUUGUAGAGGUGAUGAUUUCUAUGUAUUAUAUCUAUAAGUCCCUGCUGUUUUCAAACCACUUUCAGAGAGACUGCCUGUUUGUUUUGCAUGAGGACAAGCAAAAGGGUAAGUCUGGGGGAGUUGAUAUACCAUGGAUUUGACCCAUUUUCACCCAUGGCAUAUAAGUAUUUUACUAUCUAUAUACUAUAUAUUCUAUCCUAUUAGGUAUGUUUUCAGGUUCACAAGUAUCUUGGAGUAAAGUGAUGAUUAUGGAGUAUUUAGGAGCUUAAAAGAGAUUUCAUCCGAGCUAACCAUUAUAGGUCGAUACGAAGAAGACACAAUCGAUCGAUGCACAUCCAGUGUCGUCGAUCGAUACAGAAGAGAAGCCUCGACGAUUGAAGAUUAAGAUCGAUCGAUGUACAUCAUGUACCAUCGCUCGAUGUCGAGACGCGGAAGCACGACUUGGUUCCAGCGGACUUUAAAUCCAAGACGUCACCAAAUUACAAGAUUACCCCUGACGAGUUUUUAACCUAAUAGAUAUAUACUUGCCUAAAUGUUAGGAGGCAACAGAGCUUUUGGGCCACCCUUGUAUUCUUAUUUUCAGCAGAGAGUUUUAGGAGAGAAGAUCAUAUAGAGAUUUGUGAUUGGAACUCCAUUGAUUCAUCUAUUCUAUUCUAUGCAGUUUUUAUUUAUAUUUUGUGUCAUGAAUUGCUUAGCUAUGUCUGAGUAGUUUACUUGUUAGAUUCAAGGUUCAAAUAGGUUAGAGGGAUUAGCCCCAACUAUAGAUUGCAUGGUUGUGGUAUUCAUUGAUUGAUUGUUCUUAAUGCUUGUUCUAGAUUAGCUACCUAGAAUAUUGAAUCAAGGAAUCUGCAUGAGUCAAGCAUCCUUGACCAUCCAGUCCUAAACCUAAUCUGUCAUACUAGACAACUGGAAAAAGGCUACCUCUGAACUAGAAAGCUAGUGAGCAUUAUCAACUUACGCCUAAGGCUUAACUAGAAGCAUAGAUCGAUAUUGUCUUCUGACAAUCGAUCGAUAUUUGUGAAAGGUGUAUCGAUCGAUAUCCCUAUAGGACCAUCGAUCGACACUUUCUUGUGAUCAAUAUACGACAGUUGAGAUCCAAGAUCUAGUUAGUUAACCAGUGAAACAUUGCCAUCGCUGAUCACUGUGUCUAAGGGGUUGAGCUAUAAUAUAUCAUGCAUGCAACUGAUAAACAUCUAUAGGAUUAUAAUCUCCAACACCCCCAAAUCAUCUUGUUAGUCGAGCAAUACACUUGCUCAAUUAGGAUUGCUAUUUACUUUAAAACCAUAAAACAACAAACACUCAGAAUUAAUAAAAUGAUAGAUUUAAUAGGUUCCCUAGCUCCUUGUGGAUUUGAUCCCUAAGUACUACAAUUGAACCUCUUAUUUGAGAGAGUAAUUCACUCUUUAGGGUAAUUUUAGUGGUAUCAAAUAUGAAGCUACCUCAAAGGUUGACGUCUUCAGAUCCUAACAAAGUAUGCCGCUUAAAGAAGUCAUUGUAUGGCCUUCGACAAGCUCCAAGAUGUUGGUACUCGAAACUCACAAAGGCUUUGCAUGAGUUCGGGUUGUCCCAUGAGUAUGCAAAUCAUUCACUAUUUUAAAGGUUCAUGGUUGUAUUUGUCUUCAUAUUCUGGUAUAUGUAGAUGACUUUGUCAUCUCCUGCAACAAUGGAUUUUACCCAUUUUUAGCCAUGGUAUAUAGAUGUUUUUAAAUACAUAUUAGUUGUUUUGGAGUCUUUUCAAUAUGUUUUUAGGUUUUAGAGUGAUUUGGAGGAAAGUGCUGAAGACAUGUAGCUAACCAUCGACCAGCCUAGCGAUCGAUGAUGAAGGAUGAUAAUCGAACGACAUACACUCUGUGUUUUCGAUCGACGGUGAAUCGCGCAGAGGCCAGAAUUGUUCCAACCGACUUUAAGCCCAAGUCCCACGAGAAUUACCAGAUUAACCCUGGCGAGCUUUAACCUAAUAUUUAUGUGUUCUGCCAUUGUUCUAGGCAACACACGCUUUCUUACUUUCAUACAGCAAAAUACUUAAGUCUUAGGUUUGGAGAGAAGAUCCAAGAACUCCUUCAGAGAUUUGUGAUUGAAACUCCAGUUUUCUACUCUAUUCUAUUUAUGCAGAUUUCUUACUUCAUUGUUAUGACUUGCUUAGCUAUGUAUGAGUAGUUCUCUUUGUUAUAUUAAGGGUUCAGAUAUUCAUGAGGGAUUAACCCAAAAUAUAGAAUUUCUAAGUGUUAGGAUAUGAAUCAAUUAAAUUGUUCUUAAUGCAUCUGUUCUAGAGUAGCUAACUUGGACCUUGCCUAUAGAUAUUAAGGCGCAAGCAGAAGCUUGGUUCUCUGUCUGAAUUAAUUUAUAUUGUGCUAGGAUUGCUAGAAACAAGCGGAAGCUGAUUACUUAAACCUAGUAAACAUGUCAAACCCGUGCGAUAGCGCUCCCUGGAAAGUUCAUCGAUCGACAACUCAUUAGUUAUAUCGAUCGAUCGAUAAUACCCCGUUGUUGGAAUCGAUCGACACUUUCUCAGGACCAACAAGCGACAGCUGAAGUCCUAGAUUCGGUGAUAGAUAGUCUAAAAAUACGAACGUUGAUCAACUAUUCUAAUUGUUUGAGUUCUAGAAUAUCCAUUAUAUGCUUAGUAUCUAUAUCAUUAUAAUCCUGAUUGUCUGAAUAGAAACCCUAAGUCUUAACGCUUUCCAUAUAUGUCUUAAAACCCCAAUCAAUCAAUCAAACAAUUCCUUUUUCACCCCUUCCAUUACUGCUUUAAACCUAUUUGCCUAGCUUAACUACAUAACUAGAUAGAUCUAUUUUGUGCCUUAGCUCCAUGUGAAUUUGAUCCCUAAGUGCUAAACCUCGACCUCUUAUUUGAGAGAGUAAAUCACUCUUUAUGGUAAUUUGACUGAUAUCAAAUUUGGCGCUGUUGCCAGGGAGCUUCGAUCGCUAUUAGAUCAAAUUUAGUUAUGUUUAGUCUAGGUUUUGGUUACUUGCAAAAGCUGAUAAAAAAAUUUCUUGUCUUUUCAGGUGUAUGCCUAGCAGUACUAGAAGCAACAAGGAACAAACACUACUCUUUUCAGAUCCUGCACUUCUAGAACCCACCAUCAGCAAAGGCAAAUGUAACGCAUCGAUCGACAACAACACAUGUUCGUCGACCGACACUCGCCUUCCACCGUCGAUCAACACUAGUCUUCCGUCAACCGUCCCUACCCACCCAAUAUCGAUCGACAUUCCACCUCGGACAUCAAUUAAUACUGAGCCACAAGACAUGGUUGCGACACUAGUUCUAAUUCAGGACGCGACUGGAAACCGGCAUGAAUAGGAGGGUCAUCUGCGUAAUGUAGCAGGUCAUAAGAUAUAUGAUCAGGGGGCUGUAAUCUCUGAUAUUGAUGCUGAUAUUGCAGCUGCUCAAGCUGUAGAUGAGGCUGAUAGACCAAGGACAUUAGCUGAUUACAGAAGGCCAGAUCAAUACUACGAGAACAGAUUUGCGAUCCGUCCUCCAGCCAUCCAGAGGCAAGACUUUGACUCAAAGCCUCAGUAUUCCACACUCGUGGACAGACACCUUACUAUGGGUUAUCACACGAGCAUCCUAUGGACCAUCUGGAGAGGUUCGAGGAUCUAUUUUCUGCUAUUAAAGCCAAUGGAGUCCCUGAGGACUAUCUCUUUUGCAAGCUCUUGAAGUACUCACUUUCUGGAGAGGCUUUGUACUGGCGUAAGCAGCUACAGCCAGAUCUCUCAAAUCAUGGGCCGGCAUCAAGAAUUCAUUCUUAUGUCACUUCUUUGAUGAAGCACGCGCUGAAGACUUGAGGAGCAAGAUUGCUACAUUCACACAGGAGCCCACAGAGUCAUUCAGAAGCUCUUGGAUCAUAUUCAAGUCAUAUCAGAGAGACUGUCCACACCAUGGAUUCAAUAAAGUGCAGCUGCUCAGCACUUUCUUCAGAGGGAUCACGCUGAUAUAUCAGAUGGCUCUAGACUCAGCUAGUGAUGGAAACUUCAACACUAGGAAUCCAGAAGAGACUGUGAGACUUAUUGAGAACUUGGCAUCCAGCAACAUCACCAAGAACACUAAUUUCGAAAGAAUAAAAAUCAACCACUGCCCUAGGGAAAAAGCAGUUGGAUGACGUUAAGGUAAAGCUGGAUAGUGUUCACAAGCUUCUCAAGACACAAAUUAGCUUUGCAGAGGAUGUAGAGGCUGUAGAUGUCGAUAGAAUCAGAGGUCUGGAAACCAGGGUAGAAAAGUGGAUACAACCAGAGUUCAUAGAAAUCAGAAACCCUUCAGCGGCAACUACAACAGCAGAAACAGAGCUUAUGGAAAUUCUUUCUACCAGAACCAACCAUCACAGACUCGAGAGAGCAAAAUAGAGUCCAUGCUCGAUCAAGUUCUUGAAGGUCACCAGAAGUUGAUGGUGAACUUCAAUGGAAAGAUUGAUGUUGUCUACACAGAGCUGAACUCAAAGUUUGAUUCUUUGAACACACAUGUGAGGAAGCUGGAGACACAAGUGGUUCAGACAUGAGACACUAUUAAAAGGAAAGAGGCCUUCAUGAAGGGUAAAGGGGAUGAAUCAUUGAAGCACCACGUGAAUGCCAUCAUGGAUGAUGAUUUCUGGCAAGUAGUUAAGGAGGAAAAGCUUCAAGAGGGAGAUUUCCAUGUCAAAAGCUCCAUGAGUUUCGGCGGUUCACAUUGUUACCGACCGACGCCAAGCUACAAACAUCGACCGACAGAGACGGACAAACAUCGAUAGACAUCAGUUUCUCCACAUCGAUAGAUAGAGGAAGUUGCAUCAUGCGCGACCAUAAGAAUCCUAACUCACAAGGAGUUCGCAGAUAAACACCCUCAUCCACCAAGACCCUUACACAUCAAGAAGUCGGACAUCGACCGACACCAAGAUCCAACCGCUGAUCGUCAUCCAGACUCGACAAACGAUCAACACAACUCACCUAGCAUCGAUCGACGACCACAUCUGACCUACCGAGUGCAGCUACCAAAGAUAGAUGUAGCAUGCCUGGAUGCUAUCUGAAACCCAUCUCAACCUUCAGAACACAUUGCAGAAACUUUGAUCAAUAUUCAAAUGAUGCAUCAAAGCAUAUGCAAGUUGAUCAGACUUCUGAGAGGAGAACAUUGAGGGGAAGAAAGAAAAAGGUUCUUAAGCAUCUCAAGAGAGGAGUCAAUGAGAAGGAGAUGGAUAGUUUUACCAAAAGAGUUCUCAGGAUAUCCUUGGCCAAGCCAUUCGAGGAGGCUUACUUUACCCACAUGUUGUGGAUGUUCUUCAUAAAGACCAAGGAAACUGAGCAAGACAUACAUAGGAUCUUCAAUCAGAUCAGAGAGAAGAUGAAGCAGAGGAUUACACUGAAGAAGAAUAAGAAGAGUGACCCUGGUAAAUUUGCAGUGCCAUGUUUAGUUAAAGGCAUUGAGUUUCCAUGUGCGCUGUGUGACAUAGUUUCAUCAGUCAGCAUACUACCCAAAGUAAUGGCAUGCCAUUUUGAUCUGAAGAUAAAGCCUUCGGAGGAUUCAUUCACUUUUGUGGAUCAUUCUACGAGGAAGUUAGGAGGAAUCAUCAGAGACCUUGAGGUGCAUAUUGGCAAUGUACUAGUUUCAGUUUACUUCCAUGUCCUGGAAAACAAGCACAACAAGAAUCAUUCUCUACUACUUGGGAGAGCUUUCUUGGCCACUGUAGGAGCAGUUUGCAACAUGCAAACUAAUCAGUUAUGUCUAACACUAAUAAAUUUUGAUGUCUACUAUGAUCCAGUCAGAGUUGUGAAGCCACAGACGUCCAACAUUGGCGUUAACACCAGAUUCAUUGCAGCAUGCCACUGCGAUUUUGAGGAUGAAUAUGAGACAGAGUAUUCAGGAUCGAUCGAUAGCCGAACUCCACCAUCGAUCAACAUCGCCAUUCAUGCACCGAUCAACAACCAUCGUCGGUUAAUAUAUCUCACCAAUACACGACUUGAACUUGGAUAUACUAUCCACAUUCUAUCUCGCUUCAUGCAAAAACCACUACUCCCUCACUCGAAAGUUGUAUUAUAGGUGGUUUGUUAUCUCAAAGGGCAGGACAAGGUAUUUUUUUAAAGCGGGUGACUUUUUUAACAUCAGUAUCUACUGCGACUCUUAGGCCUGGGCAUAAAAUCCAGAACCCGAAAUCUGAACCGAACCCGAACCGAAAAACCAGAUCCGUUAUCCGAUCCGAAAUGUAAAAAUACCCAAAACGUGUCUUACAGGGUGGUACAAAAACUAUCCGAACCCGAAGUGUUAUUAACCAAAACCGAACGGGUAACCCGAAAAAUCCAAAAUUAAUAGUCAAUAUAAGUAUUUUGAAACAUAUAUAAGUGUUUCAGUUAUAAAACUUAAUAUUUGUGGUGAUAUGAUAUAUAAAAAUAAAUAUUAAAAUUUUAAUAAAUGCUCUAAGUACACAAUUAGUUAUAAAUAAGUACUUUACAAUUUGUUCAUUGAAAUAACAAGUCUAUUAUGUAUAAGAUAAUGCAUAUUUUUGCAAAUAAUGUUUAUUUUCGUGUUUGAUUUUACAUUUUAUUUUUAUUUUGUCAAUUUUAUGUGUGAUAAGAUUUAUUUUAAUUUAAUUUAAAGGUUUUUCUUAAUAUUUUGUUUUUUUACUUUGGUUAUAUCCGAACCGAACCGAUAUAACGCGAAUCCGAACAAUAUAUGGUUACUUUACGGUUUAGGAUGCAAUACAAUUUUUAACCGAACUCGAAGUGUUAUUAACCGAAACCGACCCGUACAAAUAAAAUUUUAGUAUGGGAUCUAGGAGCGUAAACCCAAAAACCCGAAAACCCGAAAAUCCAAAAAACCUAAUCCGAACCCGAACGGGUACCCGAACGCCCUAUUAGACAGCUUGUUUGUUGGGCUAGGACGUUAAUUUUCAUAGCUUUUUUUUUGGUGAUGCCCUUCUAUUUUGUAUAGUGACAAAUUUUUGGGUCUGAUUCCGUGCUAUAAAUAUUUUAUUUGGAUUAUUGAAUUGCAUAAUUUAUAUAUUCAGAAAAAUAAAUAAAAAUAUAAUUUACUCUAAUUAAUAGACCCAUACAACUUACAAACAUGCUAAAAGAAAUAAAAUGUUACUACAAUAGAUCCAUAGCAAAUAAAACACACAAUGAAAGCAAACAAUUAUAGAACCAUGCCAUUAGUUUUGACGAGCACCCUUGCCUCGUGAGAACUUUCCUUGUUCUUGUUGUGGGCUUCUUACUGGAGCUGAGUUGCGUGCAAACAAGUCUCGGAAACAGUUCCGGAACAUUCGGUCGAUGACCAUGGUAUAUUACCCACUUUUAGCCAUGGUAUAUUAGUGUUUUAGGAUAUAAUUAUUUUGUUUUGGAGCCGUUUUAGCAUAUUACAGGUUCAGGAGUGUUUUUGAGGAAAGUGGUGAUUUUGGUACAUUUAAGAGAUAAAAUAAGAGGAAGCCCGUAGCUGACAAUCGAACCAGCCCGGAGGUUGACAUUCAGAGAUAAACAUCGAUCCACGGUGAAGCACGCAAGACCCGACUUUGUGUCCAGCCGACUUAAAUACUAAGUCACACACAUUUAUAGGUAUACCCCUGAUCGAUUUUAACCUAAUAUUUAUGUGCUAUGCCAUUGUUCUAGGCAACACAUGCUUUCAUAAUUUUUUACUUUUCACGGAAAACAUAACUAAGGGUUUUUAGUAGUUUGGAGAGAAGAUCCAAGACUCUUUUAGAGAUUUGUAUUGGAACUCUAGUAUUUCUAACUCUAAUCUAUUUAUGCAAUUUCUUCAAUUGUCUGUUAUGAUUUACUUUGCUAAGUUUGAGUAAUUCACUUGUUAGAUUUAGGGUUCAAAUAGGUUAUGAGGGAUUAGCCCAAAAUAUAGAAUUGCUAAGGUGAUAAAUAUCUUUCAAGGAAUUACCUUGAACUUAGAAGAGUGGACAACUACAAUAGUAGGUUAUGCACCAGAAUAGAUUCCCUUGAUCUAGGAUUGCUAGUAACAAGUGACAGUUGAUUUAGAUAAUACUAGUGAACCUAUCGAUCAACUCGCUAAAGCUUGCCUAAGAGAACAUCGAUCGACGCUUUUGCCAUUGCAUCGAUCGACGUUCAAUCCGUAUCAACAAGCGACAGCUGAGAUAUUGAUCUUAGUCAAUGGAAUUGAUUCAACAGCGAAAGCUAGAAAAAUUUCUCAUAAGAAGUCGAGUUUUGGGAUUGACAACCUAAGUAUUCUAUACCUAUAUAAUCAUGAUUACCUGAAUAGAAACCCGAGAUAUAGUUCUUUCUCAUAAUUGUUUACAACCUCAAACCAAUCAACUGAACAAUUGCCUUGUUCGCCCUGCUUCCAUAUUUACUGUUUUAAUAAUUUACCUAGCUUAAUCACUACUGAUUAGGAUCUAUUGUGUGUCCUAGCUCCUUGUGGAUUCAAUCCUUAAGUACUACAACUGAACCUCUUAUUUGAGAGAGUAAAAGUCACUCCUUAGGGUAAUUUGAGUGAUAUCAGUUGUACUUCAUGUAGAGUGUAUAUACCAUAUCACUUCCCAAGUGUUAUAUGGUUAACUGGACUUUUGUUGAUGUGAAUGUUGCUGCAGGGCGGGUUGUUUCAUCUGAUGUUGAUAAGUUAAUUAAUGGGAUUUUAGGGCCUAAACCUAUGAAGGUUUUAGUUGAAACUUCAACCAAACCAGACACUAUUUUUUGGAGACGUGCACAUAAUAUGUUUACUAUUGAGGAUGCAGUGGAAGAAAUGAUUACAUGGCAUGCCGAUCAUUGUAUUGUUCCACCAGCAAGAUUUAUUUCGGAGGACAAUGCUCCUAAGGUUAAGUUACCUCAUUCUUUUUAUCUAAAUUUUGUCUUCCUCUGUAGCUGAGUCUUUCUUAUUUUCAAUUCUUUGUUUAAUUUGUUUUACAGAACCUUUCCACAAGUGUAAAUAACACAUGCAAACUCAUGGACUAUAUACAUAAUAAGAAAGUGGUUGUUGUAGGCCGAUGGCAGACUAUAGAACUGAAAGCAUUGGUCAAUGGACUUCCUCUUGGUCCAAAUGCGACAAAAGUGUAUGUGGAUAAGGUAGUAAACCCAAAGGCAUACAUAUGGAGGCCUACAUUUAGCAAGACAACUAUGGAGGAUUAUAUGAACUGUUUGGUAGCAUGGCCUUCAAAUAACAUUUUCUUUGACUCAAGAACACCACAUUCUAAGAAUCAAAAGCCUUCAAAAACCAAUUUCUAAAACAGUAAGUUCAACUUCUAAGAAUCAAAAGUCUCCACUAAGUGCAGCAUCUUCAGCGAAGAAACCAGCAGCGAGUUCUAAAAAUAAGUCUACAAUGAGGACUCUCUGUUGGGGACAAAAACGGUUACGACGAAGUUAAUGUCCAAACGUCCGCAAAAACAAGUGUGAGUGUCCUUCAGCGACGAUUAUGCUUGGUUAAAAAAAUGUCACGACACAAGAUCUCGAGAUAAAACCUUGUUCGAGUCUCAGUUUGAUCAAACACAAGCGGUCCCAAGGUAACGGAAACAUAUCUAAACCAGCCAUGAAUAAGUUCGAGUGUGACGAUCGGAACACGGACAAGUCAAGCUCGGUCACUACGCAACGACCGAACAUGUGCACCGCCUGGUCGCUACGUAGCGACUGAGCUCGAGCCAAGCUCGGUCGCUAUGUAGCGACCGAGCGCGCGUCCCGCUCGUCCUGCUCGGUCGCUACGUAGCGACCGAGCUCGAGCCAAACCUCGGUCCCUACAUAGCGACCGAGCGCACAUCCCGCUCGGUCGCUACGUAGCGACCAAGCUUUCCCGAAACAUCGAUACGACACGAAUCCUUGCGUUCUUGUCUACUCUUUGAGGCUAUCUCCCGAAGACCGUAGUAAACCCAUUUCAUGUCUCUUGACAUUUGAAAUCGUCAAUGGAACUUUACGGUAAAAACCACAGAAAGUUCAUUUUUUAUCGAAAGAAGCCGUAAUAAACGCUUCGAGUCAAAAGACGGCCCAAAGGGACCUAAAACAUGACUCGAAGCCCACUUUACGAUUUCUUAAACAACAGCCCGUAAACCAUAGGACAGUUUACGUUUGGUUCACAAAGAAAGAUAAAUGUCAAGUUUCCGCGGAUAAAUACGAAAUUUUAAUGAUAAUUACGAAGAUCGGGAAAAUGGAAUAUCUCCAUUUUAGGCUAUGACGGCAUAAGGGUAGAAGGGGAAAAGCGUAAACCGACCUAUGAGCGAGAAUAUAAGGAGUCCUAGGCGAGAGGCAUGAGGAGGAGAACUUUUUCAGAGCAAACUUAGCACUUAGAGCAAUUAGGCAACCUUCCGUUUUUCUUAUUUUGAGCUGCGACUCAACUAGGUUUUGCAGUCUUAGGUAGUUAGAACUAGGAAUAUCGCCGACAGAUCUCAUAGCCGAGGCUUCUACCUUCUUGUAACGCUCAUACGCGAAUUCAGAAUAAGACACCUUUUGCUCUUUUUACGAUUUCAUAUAUUCUUAUCGUUGUUAUCUCGUGUUCUGAUUGCUUGGCGUGUGGUAUUAGCAGAUAUCCGUGACCUCUGGGAAACUAGGGUUCUCCUAAUUUCCUAAUUUAAACGGAAAUCGACAGUGCGAAUUUUGGUUCUCACAGUUUGGCGCUAGAGAGAGGGGGGUACGGAUCAAUCUAACUCUCAACCACAUCACGCUCAAACAGACAUGUCAACUGACGACGUGGACAACGUGCAAACUCCUCUCAACGGAGGCAGCACCACUGAUCUCCACACUCCAGCAGCAGACGUAUCCGCGGCCAACGCACCAGCCAGAGUUUAAAAAGAUGUGCCACCUAUGAAAAAAGGUCGGAAGAACAGGAUAAGCUUGUAAGCACCUUGACCAAACAAGUCGAAACCUUAACGGCAAGGACUCGAGCAAUCCGUCGCUGUGGAACCAUGAAAGUUCACGUUGAAAGACUCGAGCUCGCAACCCCACUCGACAGGCCUGGAACAUCGCGGGAACGACCUUCGGGCCAAAACCCUAGCGAAAAAUCCCCUGCCGAAAAAGGAACUCUGAGAGUCCUCCACCUCCCGCGAAGGACUCGGAGGUUAAUGAAGUCAAGCACGUCGACUUGGAUCCCAGCGACUUCUCCAAUGAUACCGAGGAGGACGCCGACAGACAUCCAAGAAGGACCAGAAGCCGAUCUGCUAGGGAAAGCUCUCCGUUCGAUAAGCCAAUGAUGGAAGAGGAGGAAAUCCUCUAUUGGAACGAACAACAAGAGCUGGCUGAAAAGCAAACCGAGAUCACUCACAGUAAACGCCGACAACCUCGGAAAUCUGCUGACGAGAAUUCAGACAUCCGCGAUCUUUGCGAUCACAUCACCAAAACUACGACGGAAUAAAGACCGUGAAAUCCCAGAUCCAUCACACUUCCAGUGCUUCCCCCAGGAUCGACAAACUGUUAGAGGGGGCUCGGAAGACGCCCUUCACCGCUCGCAUCCCCGAUAUGAGGGUAUCUGAUUCGGGAAAAAUCAAAGUACCAAAGUAUGAUGGUACAACUGAUCCUAAAGCGCACCUUCAGGCUUUCCACAUCACGAUGGGAAGGGCCAGACUGAAGGACUGCGAAAAAGACUUUGGCUAUUGCCAUCUAAUCGUCGAGAAUCUGGAAGGAGCGGCGCUCGAGUGGUUCGCACGCCUUAAGCGAAACUCUAUCGAGCCUUCCGACAGCUCGCAUCGGAAUUUCUCGAGCAAUACUCUAUGUUCAUAGAUAGAGAAACUUCCGAUGUCGAUCUCUGGAGUAUGUCCCAGAGGGAAGACGAACCCCUCCGCGAGUUCAACAGCCGGUUUCAGCUGGUGAUGUCCAGGGUCAGCGGGAUAAGGGACAAAGUGGCCAUUGAAGCGCUCAGAAAGACGCUCUGGUACAAGUCGAAAUUCAGAAAGUGGAUAACCCUCGACAAACCGCGGACGACCAGGACUCCCCCCACAAGGCGACGGAUUACAUCAUAAUCGAAGAGGAAACGAAAGUCUUGUCGCAAAAACAUAAGUCGACGAGACCAUCCUCGAAAGAUGUAGCCCAAAAACGAAGAAGAAAAACCCUCGUAACGACAAGUACGUCCAUCACGAGGGGGAAGAGCUCCAAGGGGCGCACAAUUACGCGAUCAGGUCGGAUCAAGGCCGAACCACGGGUAAUACAUGGACUCACAAUCAAGGAUAUGUUGAAAACACCUUCUGCGAGUUCCACCAGUCCCGAGGACACUCCACGACAAACUGCAAAGUCUUGGGAGCGGGGCUGGCCGCGAAGCUACUAGCUGGAGAGCUCUCAAAAGUAACCAGCGUAAAAGAUCUCAUCCUCGAGACUGAUCGCCCCCCCGAAGACGAACAGAAAUCCGCCAGCGGAGAAGUCCCCUCAAAGAAACGAAAUCCGGGGAUAAACGUGGAAGUAGGCCGGACGACAAAGGAAACGACAACAAUCGUCGCAGAGUCAACAUGAUCAUCGGAGGAUCGCAAUACUGCAACGAUACUGUUUCGGCCAUCAAGGCUUACCAACAGAAGGCCGAAACAAGUGCAAACUGGCCUACUCCCCAAGAUGGUCAAAGCAGCUCAAUAACCUUUACGAACGAUGAAGUCGGCGGGAUCGAUCAACCUCACUGCGAUACACUCGUCAUAGAUCUUGUAAUUCGAGAUAUGGAAGUUGGGAGAGUCCUCAUUGACACGGGAAGCACGGUCAAUGUUAUCUUCUGCGACACUCUCAAUCAGAUGAACAUCGAACUCGGAGAAGUAACUCCAACGCCAAAACCACUUACGGGUUUUUCGGGCGAAGUGUGGAUGACUCUCGUAUUUAUCCAGCUGCCAGUCAUGGCCAAGGAAAUCACAAAAAUCGUCGCUUCCGCGGUUGUUGAUCAUCAUGCCAUCUACAAUGUGCUCAUGGGAACCCUGUGGCUCAAUGCCAUGAAAGCCGUUCCAUCUACAUACCACCUCGGCGUCAAAUUCCAAACCCAGAACGGAGUCGCAGCCAUCUGGGGUUGUAAGAAACAGUUGCGGCUAUGCUUCCUCGCGAAGCAUAAGUUAAGACAAAUCACGACUCCUGCAAUGGCAACUCGCAAGCGCACGAAGUAAGCUCAACCUUUGGCCAAAAACACUUCAAAGAAAGACGAUUCGAUAUCAUCUGCUGACGCGAACGCUUCGGACACCGAAACUCAACAUGAUUCCGAAGCAGACACUACGACUCAACCAGAACACCCGGAUAAAAACAUUGACCCUGCCACGGUCACCACGAUCAAGGAGGUCAGCAUGGCGACACCCGCCGAGUAAUAAUACUCGCGGAAUAAAACAGAACUACGAGAUGGCUUGAUCCUCAAAAGAGGUACGUAGGCAGCUAGUCAAAGGACGAGUUCAGCUAUCCCCCUCUCAUAAAAGGGGGGGGGGGGAAAUGGGUACGUAUACUCGUAUACUCUCACGUUUUAAAAGACGCAUCAUUGUAAUCGAGUUUUUUCAAACAUUACUACAAUACGCAUUUUUUUCUUCUUUUAUUAAACACUUACGCUCCAAUUAACGCAAAAAGUCUCAGAACACACUUAGAAAAUCUACAAACAUUAGACUCUUGUCAACGGCCAUAUCCGGUCCAAAUCACAAAGUAGUCAUUCUUCAGCGCCUAAAUUAUACGCACAAUCUUCGAAACAACUGCGAGACGUCGCCAAGUAAAAAAGAAGAAAACUCUGCAAACAAUUGUCAGAACGCGACCAUAAGAACCCGACAAAUAUUUACCCUAAGUUCGUCGAUUGGCCCCGACGAACACGCCAGCCGUCUUAAACAAACGCAACUCGAUCACUCUUUUGAUCCUCGAACAUCCAACACAAGGAUGAAAGAGCGCUACAAAAAAAUCCGAAAUUUUUGUCUAGCACUUCUGGUUGGCUUAAAUAUUAUCUCUGGAAAGGUGCUCGAUUCUUACCACACAAGUCAUAUAAGCCGAGAACCUAUCGCAGACUUUAAAUCGGUACAAAUCAGGUAGAAUCGCAACAGGAAAAUUCAUAGCCGGCUUGUCACCUCAUAAACCAUAAAACCGAGAGUAAACCUAGAUCUUGCCCUAAACCCAUCGCAUUGGUCUCUGACAUCUCAAGACAUGAUAUCUAAACGAUAUGAGAUCCUAAACCAUGUCUCUCCAUUCAUGUCUCAAUGUUCCCAAAAGUUCGUA